AUGGAGGUGGAUGACUCCCCCCCAGGCGGAGCCCGUCCGGGGACUCCGCUCCUGGGUGAAAACUCUGAACCCCCCUCAGGACCUACCACCCCGACCCCCCUACCCCGGAACUCCCUGAAGAGAAGGGCCUUAUUCUCCCCACAGAAGACUCCCACUGCAGCUCCGGUCCCUGUAUCCCAUUUGCCGCAAGCCCCAUCGAUCUGCGAGCAGGUCAGCAUGGUAGCAGACGACCAGCUAGUCCUUCUUAAUGAUUGGAAACUAGCAAUGACCUCUCUUGCUAAAGCUCUAGAUCUAACUGUCUCCUCUCUACAGGGCCGCCCAAGAGACCUGGCCCGGGGGCUUGCAGCCAGAUUUAACAGCCAAACCAACCUCCGCACUCCUGAAGCUUGCGAAGGCCCCCUAAAGAGGCGAACCUCGCAGCCUACAACCUGGGCAUCCCUGACAGCCCCAAGAGCUGGUCAGGGGAACUGGCAAACUAUUGCCCCAGAACACCGUACGCAAGCCAAGCAACCAGCACAACGAAAGCUGAAGCAGCCAAACAAGACUGACCACCGCAUCUUCCUCUGCCUCCCGGCCUCCUCUAGCCUCCGGGCUAUUAGACCACAUGGCAUCCGGGUCACCCUUGCAGGGAAAGUUCCGGACAGGAUUGCACAGGUGCAAGCAAGGUCUUCUUACUAUCAGAGAAGGCUGCUCGCUCUAGCUGGGGAUGGAUACUUUGAAAUACCAACAGAGUAUCACCAGGUUAUUGUCCCCCGGAUCCCGAAACAACUCUGGUCCCUGGAUGGAUGGAUAGAUACUACAAUUACAGAUAUCAGCAAUAAAGCAGAGUGCAUUACUAGAAGGGGGGGCACUGCACAUGACCUGCUACUCUCCUUUGAAGCAGAUAUCAUUCUUGUCCAAGAACCUUGGACAAAUACAGCAAAGCACCUAACCAAGACCCACCCACAAUAUCAGCUGUUCAGUCCCCCGACCCGAUGGACUGCCAGACCCAGGACUCUAACAUAUGUACAAAGGGAUCUCCCAGCCCAUUCCCUCCCAGAACCAAUCUCACCAGACAUCACCACAAUCUACACGGCAGGCCUUACUAUUAUCAAUAUCUACCGCCCCCCUAAUGACCCAGUUGCCCCUGCUGGUGCUGGCUCAACACCCUCUACACUUUCCACACUCCUAGGAUAUGCACCCCCAGAGAACACCAUCCUAGCAGGAGACUUCAAUACCCGGCACCCAUUCUGGCAGCCAGAUACUGAGUCUCAUGCUAUCACACCUGGCGCAACAGGAUUAUUAGACUGGCUUGAUGCCCAUGAGCUGGAACUUCGCCUCGAGCCAGGCACCCCCACCCGUGGACCAAACACCCUAGACCUUGUCUUCUCUAACCUACCACUAAGGGCCCUAGUAGAAGACCAUCUAAAGACUCCAAGUGACCAUGCAACAAUUGGAAUAAUACUGGAACAAGAAGAGCCCCCGCCUAUAUACAAGCUUGGAUCCACCAACUGGGAGAAAGCCAGAGCCCUGGCAAGCCCGCCUGACCCAACCCUACCAAUUGACCUACUAGCCAAACAACUGGUCCAGACAUCCCAGCUUGCAAUACAAGGCGCAUCAAGAUACAAUACUUGCAGACUCCCCAGGACCCCAUGGUGGACUCCAGAACUAACAGACAUACUACACCAAACAAGACAGCAACAAAACCCCAACUAUAAACAGCUCCAGAAGGCCAUUGUACAGGCAAAGGCUGAAUACUGGAAGCAGCGAAUUGAACAAGCCACAGCACCUAUAGAUGCAUUCAAACUUGCUAAAUAG